GUUAACGCAUUAAGCUAUCUCUAAACAAACAUAACUUUCACUGAUCAAUUCAACUUUAAGUUACAUUAUCAAUAGAACCUCCGCAUAUAAAUACAAUUGCAAUCAGAUUUUUCGAAUUAUUUAAUUAAAAAUGAAGUUGGAACGUUUAGUCGUCACUUUACUAUCGUUGUCUACAGUUCAGUGCUUGUGGUACUAUGAUGUCUACUACAAAUGGAAGACUAUUGAAUAUAACAUUCCACCCUACGUCCAACUAAAUUCAUCGGCGUACGAACCGCGUAACAAUAUAAUUUCGCAGGUAAAAAUCUACGAGAAUCGAAUGUGGAUCACAACUCCCUCAUAUUUGCGAGGCGUACCAGUUACAUUGAGCACGCUUCCAUACAAUCCCAAAUAUCACUGGUGGACACCAUUUUUCACGCUACACGACCAAAGUCCAAAGUUGCAACCAUUUCCGAGCUAUGAAAUGAACAAAAUGGGCGAUUGCAAUGCAUUGCAAUUGGUGAGUGCUAUCGAGAUUGAUCAGUUCGGGCGAUUGUGGGUGAUAGACGUUGGUCGAGUGUAUUUACUGGAGCAGUAUGAAAUGAGUGGCACUGCACUUAAUUUGUGUCCAGCGAAAUUGAUGAUAUUCGAUGUCAGAAGUGGUCGAAGCAAACUGUUAUCCACGUACACCUUCCCCGAUGAUGUUGCACCGAGUUCUAGCAGCUUCUUAAAAGGCCUACAGUUAGCUUGCGAAACGAGAGAUGAUUGUUGGGCUUUCAUUCCUGAUAGCAAUUUGACCCGAAUAGUUGUGUAUGAUCACAAAAACCGACAGUCUUGGACGGCUGAACAUCCGUCAAUGAAACCAGAUCCAUAUAAAAUCCAUUUUUUGGUUAAUGGUGUUCCAGUCGUAACGGCACUCGGCAUAAAUAGCAUUGCACUGGCACCAAAAAAAUACGAUUUCAGCGAAUUGUAUUUUAGUCCACUGGCAUCCACUACAUUGUACAAGAUCCAGACCGAAUGUCUCAAAAAUUCAGCGUUGAAGCAAAACGGAACAUUGCGAAUGGACGAUGUCAUCGAUUUGGGCGAAAUACCUGGUCAAUCGGAUGGUUUUGCCAUGUCUAGCAAAGGUGAAUUGUUCUAUGGCAAUCUGCCAGACAACAGCAUUUUAUCAACCGACACGUCCCCGGAAUUGACGGAAAUAGACGAGCAAAAAACGGUUGCUCGCAGUGACAUAGACUUUCUGUGGCCCGACGGUUUUGGAUUCGAUGGAAAAGGGAAACUAGCUGUAACAACCACUAAAUUUCAUCUGAGACAAAGAACGGAUCCGGAGGAUUACAACUUUCGUGUGGUAAUAUUGAGACAUACAGGACAUGUGUACUCGUACAAUCACUGUUGAAUAUUUACGCUGUUUCUGUUCAUACAUAGCACUGAGGUAAGAGAUAAGGUAGCAAAACCAUUUACAAUAAAAAUAAUGAAAAAGUUCAAGUCAACUGCAAAAAAUACGUUAUUUCUAACACAGCUUAAAAGACACUUAACAUUUACCUUUAAUGCGGAACUAGUGAAUCCAACCGGUAAAAAAAUUCGUAUGAAUGUUACCGGUAAACGUUACAUUUACCACUAAAUUUCAUACAACUUUUUACCGGUUGGAUUCAAUAUACCGAGUUUGGUGUAGCGCUAACGGUUUCUAUAGAGUUGAUAGUGUUCGGUGAAUAUUAUAGCAUGAAUGUUGGAAAAGUAUUUCAACACCACAAGUCCUUCGCUGCACUCGAAUUCACAUGACUUUUUCCGUAUUUCCUACUGACGCGGACGACUUUGUGUUUGAAAAGUUGAUGCAUAAAGUCGAAGCAAAUCGUCGAAAACUUCUUCCAGAAAUGUUUUCUGUCAUUCAUAUUGUUGUUGGGUCUUUAACAUUCAAAAUGUUGACCGGCGACAGAAUAGUCUCAUGACCAAUCAAGAACACAUGUGGGUCGCAUGUGGCGCUAUAAAUGGAUAUGUAGACUGUUAUUGAAAACGGCGUUGAGUAAUUAACUCUGUUUAGUGUUCCCUUAUAUGUACCAAGACAUAUGUUCAGAUUAACGAAGUAAAAGAUUUUGCAACAAACACGAGGUGAUGCAAAGUAACUGUAGCUACACAUAGCAAAGCGAACGAGACGCAAUUCAAACUUUUCUUUUGUUCUUCUGUCAAGUUUGACAAUAUGACAGACGAAAAAUUUGAAUAAGGUCUCUUUCAAAUUGCUUUGUGUAAGGUAAAGUAUAGUUUCCACUUAAAAAGAGCACUC